UGGACCUCCACUUGCUAAGGUUUUUUUUUUUUAAUUUUUUUCAGGCGCCCUGCCAGUGGUAAUUUUCCGAGAAAAAACACAAAAAAACCCUCAAGAUUUUCUCAGAAACCAAACACACCUACUCAAUCACCACAUGCCUCCAUGGACAAUCUCAUCUCUUCAGCUCUCGAAGAGAUUUGUUACCAUGGUCCCAGCGGAGUCUCCCUAUCCUCCCUCUGGUCGACAUUAACGCCAAAACCUUCUCCUUCAGUCAAAGCCUCUCUAUGGACAAACCUGCUUUCAAUACCUUCUCUUCAAUUCACUGUUCCUGGAUACGAUCUUCCGUUUAGUGCUGACGACAGUAAAAUCAAGCGUUGUGAACACGCCGAGAAGCUCGGUUUGAAAAUUGUAGCCAAAGAGCACCUUAGGGAUUCCUUUGUUGGUCUUUACGACACUCCGUCUACUGGAAUUUCUUCUAAUCAACGCAAUGCUCUUAAACGACUUGCCGUUGCUAGAGGGAAUGGGAUUACACAAAACGCACUGGCAAAGGACUUGAAGGUAGAAAAUAAUAACUUUUUUUAUGUGGUGAGGAGUCUAGAAUGCAGAGGGUUGAUUGUGAGACAACCUGCUGUUGUGAAGAUGAAAGAUGUGAGUGUCACUACCAAUAUGUUGUAUUUAUAUCGUCAUGCGAAGCAUUUAGGUGUUCAACAGAGGUUUGAGAUUAAUGAGGAAUGUGUGGAGGAAACUGAUAUACGGGGGGAUGGUUUUGAUGGAGAGUCUUCUUCUAAAGUGCUUGUGAGGGAUUAUUUACCGGCAAUAAAAGCCAUCUGUGACAAACUUGAAAAAGCCAAUGACAAGGUCCUUGUCAUUUCAGAUAUCAAACAGGAUCUUGGUUACAGUGGAACUAAAGGACACAAAGCUUGGAGAAAUAUAUUGCGUAGGUUGAAAGAUGCCUGUGUUGUCGAGGAGUUUGAAGCUAAAGUUGACAGGAAGGUUGAGUGUUGCCUACGAUUGUUACAGGAGUUUUCCCCUAAUAAUUUUGAGCCCAAAACUCGUGGGUGUGGCGAAGAUUGUGACAACAAAGUGCUAGUGAAAUUUGGAAAGAUGAUUCAACAAACUGAUCAACUUGUAGAACUUUCCCUUGACCAGCAAAUUUAUGAUUUGAUUGAUGCUGCAGGAUCCAAGGGGGCUACUUUUAGAGAGGUGGGUAGGAGGCUGGGACUUGAUAAGAAAAGAAACUAUCCUCGGUUUGAAAAUAUGUUGUCUAUGUUUGGGAUGCACAGGCAGGCAGAAAUCAACAAAAGAACUCCAGAAUAUCGAGUUUGGACUGCUGGAAAUUCAAAUUCUGACACACCAAUUGCAGUUCUUUGUAAAUCCAAAGCUGUCCUUGGUGACAAUAAUAUUUCUGAUUUGAAUACUAGCAAUGUUGAUGUACCUGUCAGAUCUGAUGUAGGUUUAUUAGAGCAUGGUAAUUCAACCUUGGGAAUUUAUUCUGCUUCGUCUGGAAAACUGAAUGAGGAAAUUGAUACUGACGUAUAUAGUGGCUCACCUGAGGAUGGCAAAACUAACCAUAUGCAGCUCUGUCCUGGCAAUGUGCCAGACUCACUCAACAGGCCAAGAAGUACAGCUUCCAAUGCCGAAAUUUAUAUAGAGAGCAUGCAAAUGGAACCAGAUGGUGCUUCAUCAGUUAAAACAGCACCAACUUUGUUGACGCCACAUCAUUCUGGAUCCUCUCAGACAUAUCCGCACAUGCCUUUAACGGCUGAUAGCGCCUUCAGGGAGAAGAAAAUUCUUGAAUGGUUACAGGACAAGAUAUUCAUUUUGAAACCUGAGAUACACAAGUGGCUUAAGAGUCUUGAGGACAAGGGUACAACAAUUGACAGGAAGACUGUUGAUCGAAUUCUAUAUAAGCUUGAGCGGCAAGGACACUGCAAAUUGCAGCACAUUAAUGUCCCUGCUGUCACAAAUUGCGCCCGAGAUCGUACCAUCCUAGUGGUUCUUCACCCAUCUGUUCAAGGUUUUCCUCCUGAACUAAUGGGUGAAAUUCAUGAUAGAGUGAGGGUUUUUGAAAAGCAAAGUCGUGGAGAGGGGUCAUCCAGGCUGAAGAUUAAGGAAUCAGUUCCAGUGUUAAAUAGUGUAACAAGAACUCAGAUGCAUGUAGGUUCAGAAGAAAAGACUGCUAAAUGGGAAGCCAUGCGAGCCAAUGGGUUUGUGUUAGCAAAAAUGGGCCGUGCUCGGCUGCUUCAUACUUUUUUGUGGAAUCAUCUAAGUAGUUUGCCUGAAUGGAACGGUGAUUUAUCAUCUGGGGCAUAUUCAUAUGCAUACAAGUUGUUUGAAUUAGAGUCUGUUAUUGAUGCCAUUCCAAUUGAGCUGUUCUUACAAGUGGCAGGAUCUGCUCAAAAGUAUGAUGAUAUGAUUGAAAAGUGCAAGAGGGGUUUGCGUCUCUCUGAUCUUCCUAUUGAAGAAUACAGAAACUUGUUGGAUAGUAGGGCCACAAACAGAUUAUCAUUGAUCAUUGACAUUUUACGUCGAUUGAAGCUGAUUCGUUUAGUACGUGAUGGGCAUUCAGAGGAUGGUGUAAAGGCUCCACAUGCCAGAUCCAGACAUGCAAUGGAGCUUAAACCUUAUGUUGAAGAACCACUAUCAAUAGUAGCAGUAUCUAAUUUAAGAUGUCUUGACCUUCGUCCAAGAAUAAGACAUGAUUUUUUUCUGUUAAACAGAGAAGCUGUUGAUGAGUAUUGGAAAACUCUGGAGUACUGCUAUGCUGCUGCUCAUCAAAUAGCUGCUAAACAUGCAUUUCCUGGAUCUGUUGUACCUGAGGUUUUCCAUCACCGAUCAUGGGCCUCGGUUCGAAUUAUGUCUUCUGAUCAGCGUGCUGAGCUCCUAAAACGGAUAGUGAUGGAUGAUCAGAGCAAAACUCUGUCGUAUAAAGAUUGUGAGAAGAUUGCAAAGGAUCUUAAUUUGACUUUACAGCAGGUACUUCGUGUCUAUUAUGAUAAGCACCAUCGUCGUCUUAAUAGAUUUCAAGGUGUUAAAAAUGCAAGUGAGGAGUGUCAGCUGCCACAAAAGAUACAACCUUCAUCCUCUAAGAAAAGAAAGAAACCCUUGGGAUCUAGCUCAACAAAGCGUGGCAGAGGUGAUAACAUAAAUGCACAGUUGGACAGGCAGAGGCUUAGCAAAUUACCUGAUGCUGUUGACCAAUUCACAGUAGAAAAAGAUCUUUCUUCUUCUGAACAUGAGCAUUUGCCAGAACUCCAGGAUGAUGAUCACCUCGAUAUUCUGGAAGGACCAGGACUAUCUGAAGAUGAGGAAUGUCCUUCUGUAAUCAACCAUUGUGCUUUUUCAAAGAUGAAGCCAACACGCCGAUCCAGGUUUCCAUGGACAGAUGAAGCUGAUAGGCAAUUGGUGAUCCAAUAUGCAAGACAUCGUGCAGUUCUUGGGCCAAAGUUUCACCGUGUCGAUUGGAAUGCACUUCCUGACUUACCAGCAGAACCUGGAAUUUGCUCGAGAAGGAUGUCAUCCCUGUUUAGGCAAAACACAAAAUUUAGACCAGCUGUAAUGAAGCUCUGCACCAUGCUUGGUGAGCGCUAUGCAAAGCACCUGGAGAGAACCCAGAACAGGUUUCUUAACAAAAAUGACUGCAGAGGUCUCUUGCGAUGCUCUGCCAGUGAAGGCCUUCAUGGGAAGUUCUCCAAUGCUGUUGAAUGUGAUGAAGAAGCAGGUUGUGAGGAAGCGUGUUGGGAUGAUUUCAAGGAAAAAAGUAUUAGAAAAGCCUUAGAGGAUGUUUUCCACUACAAGCAAGUGAGUAAAUUGGAUAUCUCUAAGAGAGUUGGAUCUGGCUCUGAAGAAUGGUGUGAUUUAAACACAAAUGUUGAAAGACAUAAUCGAAUGGAAUCUGAAACGGUUCUGUCAAAUACUCCCAAGAAGGACAUGCAGAAACUUGGCAUUGGAAAACAUAAAGAUUCUGCUCAAAGAUCAAGACAAUAUCAUCUUCAUCAGAAGUUUACUAAGCUUUUAGACGAAGGGACUAGUGUUCGUAGACAAGUGCACAAGUCAUUGGCUAUUUCUAAUGCUGUAGAACUAUUAAAGCUUGUCUUCUUGAGCACCUCAACAGCACCAGAGCUGCAAAAUCUUUUGGCAGAAACUUUACGGCGUUAUUCUGAACACGAUCUGUUUGCAGCUUUUAGCUACCUUAGAGUGAAAAAAAUCUUGAUUGGGGGCAGUGGUGGUCAACCUUAUGUGCUAUCUCAACAGUUCCUGACCAGUGUUUCUAAGUCUCCAUUUCCAUCUAAUGCUGGAAAGAGGGCUGCUAAACUUUCCAGCUGGCUUCAUGAAAGAGAAAAGGACCUUGUGGAAGGAGGGGUUGAUCUUACUGCGGAUUUGCAGUGUGGUGACAUUUUUCAGUUGUUUGCUCAAGUUUCUUCGGGUGAGUUGUCCAUUUCUCCAUGCAUGCCAGUUGAAGGAGUGGGAGAGGCCGAAGACCUAAGAAGCUUGAAACACAAAAAUAAGGAAGAUGAAUUUUGUGAUUGUGAUAGGGGCAAAAAAUUGAAAUCACUGGCAGAUAGUGAACUCUUUUCUCGCAGAGAAAAGGGCUUUCCUGGUAUUGUGGUGUCUCUGCAUCGUGCAGCAAUGCAAACCAUUAAUUCUCUAGAUUUGCUCAAAGAUGGGGAGACUUGUAGCGGUGAACUUCGUUGGAAUGAUAUGCUCAAUUCUGGUUUGGGUCAGGAAAUCAGCUGGAGUACAUCUUGUCACAACAAUGGGCAGGAAAUUCUGAAUUUUGGCAGCACUAUCCCUACAGCAGCAUGGCCCAGCAAGGCACCUUGGGAGGCAAUGACAUGCUAUUUGGAAUAUCUGGUGCCAAAACCUUAUGAUCGAAAUCAAAUGAAUCCUGAUGUCUUUAGGACCAUUUAUGCUGCUAUUCAGAAGGCUGGUGACCAGGGUUUGAGCAUGGAAGAAAUUUCCCAAGUUACAGGAGAAAAUAUGCAUAUACAGAUAAUUGAUGUGCUCCAGACAUUUGGACGAGUUUUGAAGGUCAAUGCUUAUGAAUCUGUUCGUGUGGUUGAUGCAUUAUAUCGUUCCAAGUACUUCCUGACCUCAGUGGCUGGUUCUCGUCAAGAUCUGACUGCACAUUCAGUGACAAAGUCCUUGGAGAGCAUUGAUGAUGGCCAUCUAACUUUGCAGCCUGAAAAUUAUGUAGUUGGUACUAGUUCACAAAGGGAAGUGGUCAUGGAUAAUCAUGAUGUGCACAAAGUUACCAUUCUUAAUCUUCCUGGAGAGUUUGCAUCUUUGAAUGAAACCCAAAAUAGCAUUGCACAUGAAAGUCAUUUACAAGAAAAUGUAAUUUCACCAGAACAGGUUAUUGACGGUGAAACCUCAUCUGGUGAGAUAUGUAUGCCAAUAUUGCCAUGGAUAAAUGGAGACGGGACUAUGAAUAAGGUUGUCUACAAUGGACUUGUACGUCGUGUUCUUGGUACUGUGAUGCAAAAUCCUGGUAUAACAGAGGAGAAUAUUAUACUCCAUGUUGAUGUAUUAAAUCCCCAGAGUUGUAGAAAUCUACUGGAGUUAAUGAUUUUGGAUAAACACCUCAUUGUGAGGAAGAUGCACCAGUCUACAUCAAGUGCCCCCCCUGCCUUACUGAGAACUCUCCUUGGGAAAAGAUUCAGAGAACCAAAGUUGGUAUACCGCGAGCAUUUCUUUGCCAAUUCUAUGAGUGCAGCCCUGCUGUAGAGCAGCUUCAUGUAUUGUUUUUCAGUAUUUUAGGGAGCAGCCUCCAGUUUUCUUUCGAGAGGCACCAAACUAGAUGUGUGUAGGUAAUGGUAUAUAAAGUUUCACUACACAGGAUCUGUAAUUUAAGGAUUAUAUCUUGUGGUGAAAUUGCAAAUAUCUGUACAGUAUGCUGUUUUUAGGUGUUUUAUACGGCUCUGGAUUCCAGCAAUCAUUCCUUUAUGCGGAAACGACAUGAAGUAAAGAACCAAAGAUUAUUAGCCAAGGUCUUCGCCUUCGCAUGGCUGAAUGCCUGAUUGCUUGCCGUGGGGUGCACAAUUAUCAAGUGUGGUCCAUCCAGCUUCCUUUCGUUAUUGGCAGCCACCCAAAUCUCAUGCAGAUAUCUACGUGUGGCAAUCACAACGCAGUAAGUUAGUAAAGUGAAUAGUUUGUCUUUGCUGCUUUAGAUUGUAGAGAUUUGCAGUGGUGGCUGGGAAGCUUAAGCUGACACGAUGAAACCUAUGCUCAAAGUGGUUAAGCUGCAUGAACUCUACUUGUAAUGAUUGCAAUUAUUGUUUCCUGAACUGCAGUUUCGGGAAUUGAAGACAUGAUUUAUAUAUCUAUAUGAUCUAUAAUGAUAGAGGAACUCAAUCCUUAUAUUAUUAAAUUUCCUAA